UUCAAAAAGAGAACGCGACAAUUCAUAAAAUGUUUUUAAAAUAUUGUUCGUUACUUUUAUUAUUUAAUUAUAACUUUGCAAAUGGUUUUGGGUUUUUUGAUAUUGGGAACACAUUUAAUCACCUUAAUAUAGAACUAAGUUCUCUGGUACCGCUUUUAGAUUUUAGUACUAAAACGCGAUGGAUAAAUCAGAACUUAGAUCAUUUUGACCCACAGGAACGAAGAAAAUGGAACAUGAGAUAUUUUGAAGGGUUAAACUAUUGGAGAUUAGGCGGUCCAAUUUAUUUAUUUUUGGGUGGUGAAAGUCCAGCUUCAAGUCAGUGGACCUCAACAGGUAUUAUGUACGAGUUAGCAAAAGAAACGCAUGGUGCUAUGUUCGUUUCGGAACAUCGUUAUUACGGUCAGAGCAAACCGUUGAAUACAACAGAUGUUGAAAACUUUAAAUAUUUAAGUGCAAGACAAGCACUCGCCGAUAAUGCGGAAUUGUUGAAAUUUAUUAAAAAACUGCCGAUUUUCAAAAAUUCUAAAGUUGUCGUUAUCGGUGGUUCGUACUCGGGAAACUUGGCGGCUUGGAUGAGAUUGAUGUAUUCUGAAUUAGUUGAUGCCGCUAUUGCGAGUAGUGGUCCUGUUCUAGCAAAGACGGACUUUUACGAAUAUUUAGAAAAGGUUAAUGAUAAUUACGAACAAUAUGGUACUCCGGGUUGCUUGGAUAAUAUAAGAAAUAUUUUUAGAAGAUAUGAUAAACUAUUUCAAAGCUCCGAAGGUAUUGAAAAAUUAAAAAAAGAAGAAAAUAUAUGCAACGAAUGCGAUUUAACAAUAUCGGAGAAUCAACAGGUAUUUUUCAGUUAUAAAGUAAACGAUUUUAUGUAUAAUUCUCAAUAUGGAAAUACAGAUAUAAUUAAUAAUCAUUGUAAAAAUUUAUAUCGUAGUCUGGAACCUAGAACAUCUCAGAAUGCGUCAAAACCAAAUUUUUGGUCUGAAAGGACACGGUGUUAUUGUUACGAUUUCAAUGCAAUGAUCAACGAAUAUCGCGCCGAGGAAAACGAUUGGAUCUUGACGUGGGUUUAUCAAACCUGUACAGAAUUCGGUUACUUCCAAACGACGAGCUCCAACUCGCAUCCAUUCACGGAUAACAUUCGACUAGAUUUUUAUACUAAAAUUUGUACCGAAUUAUUUGGAGCGGAUUUCGACAAGGAAAGAGUUGAUACUGGCGUUGAAAAAACAAAUGAAAUUUAUGGAGGAUUAACGCCGAAUGUUACGAAGGUAGUUUUUUCGAAUGGUGAUCUAGACCCGUGGAGUACUCUAAGCGUUUUAGAAGAUCUUUCCUACAAUGCACCAGCAGUGGUUAUACCUCGAUCGUCACAUUGUCGAGAUUUAUUUUCAAAUAGAAAAGGUGACAACGAAGAAUUAAAAGAGGCCAGGAAACAGAUUAAAUAUCUAAUUAAAAAUUGGAUAGGAGCUGGUGAUUACUUGUCUACGUAA